UGCUACAGCAAAGAUUCGAAUUUCACACGAUUUGGACGCUGUAGUUUGAAAAGAAGUUAUUAUUCAUCAUUUCAUCAUUUAAUUUCGGUAUUCUUCAAUUCCCGUUUAUAAACAAUGGAAUCCCACGGUUCCAAUCUGUGUCGGACGUGCAUGGCAAACAUUGACGAUCCCGAUUCGUCGAUUUCGCUGGUGGCACACCUGGAGGACGACUCCGCAGUUGGGGACGUCAUAUCGGAACUAACCGCGGUACAAGUGCAGGAGCAUACCGAUCUUCCCGGUCAGAUUUGUGCAUCUUGUCUAGAGGAACUGAAACGGUUCAUCCAAUUUAUUCGCAAAGUCAGAGAAACGGAUCGUACAUUGCGACAAAGGCUUCGUGAGGAAAUUGUGGAGGUUAAAGAAGAAACCGUUGAAAUCGGCGAGGAGGAACUGUAUCAGGACAUAGAAACGUUGGAUUUCGAAACUGAAAUGAUCGAUGAAAAAUACUCAGCGGCUGAGGUGAAUUAUGUGGAAUGGAAUGAAAUACAGCCUGAAAAAUCACAUGCGGCAACAUAUGAAGUUUCUAUUGUCGAUGAAAGUUUGGAAGCUUCUUCAAUGGAUAAUAAAUCGGAAUUAGAGUUUAUUGGUUUUGAAGAUUCCGCCGUGAAAGAUGACGUAAGUGGAAACAUGGAUGAAGAACCCGUCGUUCUAGAUCAGUCAAUAGACACCGAUAACAAAGACCCAUCAUUAAAAAAAGCAUUGGAUGAUCUCGAUGAAGUCGAGCGAAAAUUGUUCCGGGUUAUUGUGAGAACGAAAGGUGAUUUCAUCUGUUGCGCUUGUUUUCAAAUUUUCAAGACGGAAGCUGCCCUGAAAGCUCAUUGCGAGUGUCAUAAGUCCAGGAUGAGCUUCCACAAAUCGCAUAGUUGUCCGGUAUGUUAUCGAAGAUACACGACACCACGAGCGGUUGAAACACAUCGGAAGCAAGCUCGUGCAUCGAAGAUAUACGAAUGCACCCGAUGCCGAGUUCGUUUAAUUGACCCGAAACGGCGCCGGCAGCAUGCUCAUAAUCAUCCUACUAGAGAGCUACUCAACUCGUCGGUUUUAACUCCGAUACGUCUUCAGCCGAACUAUCGCAGAGGGCAUAUUUGUUGCGCACAAGCUUGUGGCCUCGCAUUUCCGUCUGAUGAAUUGCUAAUCGCUCAUGCUCACGAGGCUCACAAAGUAAACAAAUAUGGUGCUAGCUUGCCGGGCAAAAAGGAAAAACCGUUUGAGUGUAAAGUGUGCUUCAAACGGUUCCGUAACCGGGGAGGGUUACGAAUGCAUCAGAAACGAAAGUACAAAGAAACGGGUCAGCAGUGCUCUAUCUGUGGGCUGAACCUUCCAACUACUGCGACCCUGGAGGCACACGAGCGAAAGCAUAGGGACGAGAAACCGUUCCGAUGCGAGGAGUGCUUCAAAUGUUUCAGCAGCCCAGCAUUCGUUAAGGCGCACAUGUUGGUCCACUCUAACGAUAAACCGUUCGUGUGUUCCUUCUGCGAGAUGGCAUUUCAGCGUAAAGCUGCUCUGCUGAACCACGAGCUGAUACAUACCGGGGCGCUUCCGUUUCCGUGUGAACUUUGCUCUAAAGCUUUCCGCGUCAAGCCGCGGCUUGAGCAACAUAUGCGCACUCACACCGGUGUGAGACCGUAUCCGUGCAGGUAUUGCGAAAAGUCCUUCGCGGAUCAUAGUAACCGACAGCGGCACGAGAUGGGGCAUACUGGUAUCAAGCCCCACAAAUGCUCGUACUGUGAGAAGACGUUUAUCACAAGACGAUUGCGGGGAGAACAUGAACGGACGCAUCGAAAAGCAUUGAAGUAAUUUUGGAAGCCCGUUAUUACUAGUGAUAUGAUCAAAGUAAAGAUCUUUAUUGGUGAAA